AUGGAUUGGAUUUUAAGAACUCUAAUUUUAGGAUAUAUUGUUACACUGUCAAGUAAUGUUGAAGGACAAAGAGUUGCACCGGGUGUUCCACCCCAACAUUAUCAACAACAAGUUCCACAACAACAAAUGCACCAACAGCAAGUUCAUCAACAACAGCAACAAUAUCAACAACCACCUCCACAGCAGCAGCAACAACAACAACAACAACACCAACAACAGCAACAAUUCCAGCAACCUCCACCUCAACAACAUCAGCCCCAUAAUCAUGGACAUACAGAUCCACAACAAAUACUCAACGCUGCUAAUAUAGCCCACGAAAAAGAACACAUAGCAGAACAUUUGGAUGUUCCUAUGGACACGAGUAAAAUGACAGAGCAAGAACUACAAUUUCAUUAUUUUAAGAUGCAUGAUGCUGAUAAUAAUAAUAAAUUAGAUGGAUGUGAAUUGAUUAAAUCAUUGAUUCAUUGGCAUGGAAAAAUAUUCCAAGACAAAGAAUUGAUUGAUUUAAUAGACCCGAUUUUGAAUAUGGAUGAUACAAAUAAAGACGGAUAUAUAGACUAUCCUGAAUUUGUCCAAGCACAGCAAAAAUCAGCUCCGAGUAGAGAAAAUCAUAAAUAA